AUGACGGUAGAGGCAGUGAACCCCAAGGCGUACCCGUUGGCUGAUUCUCAGCUAGCGAUAACGAUCCUCGAUCUCGUUCAACAAGCCACGAAUUACAAACAGCUCAAGAAGGGAGCUAAUGAAGCUACCAAGACAUUGAACCGUGGGAUCUCUGAGUUCGUGGUCAUGGCUGCUGAUGCUGAGCCUCUCGAGAUUCUUCUCCACCUUCCUCUGCUCGCCGAAGAUAAGAAUGUGCCGUAUGUGUUUGUGCCAUCGAAACAAGCCCUUGGAAGAGCAUGUGGUGUGACUAGACCCGUGAUCGCUUGUUCGGUUACAUCAAAUGAAGCGAGCCAGUUGAAAACUCAGAUUCAGCAGCUUAAGGAUGCCAUUGAGAAGCUCCUCAUCUAG